AUGGCGCAGCCCCUUUCCGCCCUCCCUCUGCUAAUCCUACUAAUCUCCGGCGCCGCCGCUCCUCCGCCGGAGGUCCCCUCGCGAGGCUCCGAUCUAGACCCACGGCAGCUGACUGCGCUCCAAUCCAUGGGGUUCCCCACCUCCCGCGACCCCUGCUCUGUCCCUUCCGCCCGCGACAACGCGACCGCCUGCGACAACUCCGCCCCAUUCCGCCACCUCGUCUCCCUCCGCUUAGCCAACUGUUCCCCCGACCUCGACCUCCCUACCACCGCCCUCCGCGCCCUCUCCACUCUUCGCUCACUCUCUUUCCUCCGCUGUCCCGUCUCCGCCCCCAAGCACCUCCCGGUUUCCCUCGCCUCCUCCCUCCGCUCCUUCUCCUGUGACACCUCCCUCCGCCGCCUCACCGGCGUGUGGCUCUCCCGCCUCCAGAACCUCACCGACCUCUCCGUUGUCGGCGUCCCCAUCUCCACCAGCGGUCCCGCCGUCGUCCUCUCCCAGAUGCGCCGCCUCCGCUCGGUCACCAUAGCUCGGACCAACCUCUCCGGCGGCGUUCCCCGCCACUGGCACGCUCUCGACCUCGUCUACCUCAACUUCUCCUCCAACCGCCUCAAGGGCCGUAUUCCCAGCUCGAUCUCCGCCCUCGGCUCCCUCCAAAACCUCGAUCUCAGCUCCAAUGCCCUCUCCGGAACCCUACCUGACUCCAUCGGCGACCUCGCCGACCUGAAAAACGCAACUUUCGCCCACAACUCGCUCUCCGGCCCGAUCCCCGACUCAAUCUCCCAGCUUUCGUCGCUGACCCACCUCGAUCUGAGCUCGAAUCAGUUCAACGGAAGCAUCCCAAAGUUCGUCGCCGAAAUGAAGCAGCUCAAAUUCCUAAACCUGGAGAAGAACAACUUCCAGGGAGUCUUCCCCUUCAACGCGACCUUCCUCCGCAAGCUCGACGUCUUCAAGGUCGGCGGCAACGCCAACCUCUGCUACAACCGCACGCAGCUCCCCUCCAAGCUCAAGCUCAAGCUCGGCAUCGCGCCCUGCGACAAGUACGGCCAGCCGGUGUCGCCGCCACCGGACCGCUCCACGCGGGCGGACUCAGACUACGCCGACGAUGGCAGCGACGAAGGAAGCGGAGACAAUGGCGGCGGCGGAGGCGGAAACCACCACGGGCCUAGCAAGCUGGUGCUCGGGGUGGCGAUCGCCCUCUCCUGCCUCGUUUUCUUGGUCAUCUUCCUCAUUUGCCUAUCCAAAAUCUGCCGCUGAAGCCUGAAUCAGCAGAACAGCUUCAAUUCUCCAGACAAAUUCGAUAUCAACGCCAAAAUUCUCUAUUUUACUAAUUUCCAUUUAAAAAAAGCUCUUUUUGAUUGUAGUUUCGUAGUUUCGUAGACUUAGAGUAGAUUUAGCGUGAUCUGAUCUCAUCUCUGUGUCUUUGUUCCUCGUUUUCAGAUUAAUCAUCAAUUAUUAACUAAGAUAUGUUCUUGCAGAUUAAUUAAUUCUGAUAAUUCGAGUGAUGUUGGCUAAAUAACUAACAAAUCGUUGUGGGAGUUAACGAGAUUGAUGGCCCCAGGAUUGAUACAUGUCUCAACUCUACAGGCAAAGGGUGGCUUCUUUUAGC